AGCGCGCGGCUCCACCCCCGGGGUGCGGGAAUCAUGGCGGAGGCCGCUCGCCCCGAGCAGGAGCUGGAAGUGCUGCGACUCAAGCGCCUGCGCGGCGGGGGCUUCUUCCCGGUGCCCGCCGGGGACAGGCUGGGAAGGUGCCGGAGCGUGAAGGAGUUUGAGAAGCUGAAUCGAAUUGGGGAAGGGACCUAUGGCAUCGUGUACCGUGCUCGAGAUACUCAGAAGGAUGAGAUUGUGGCACUAAAGAAGGUGCGGAUGGACAAGGAGAAAGACGGAAUCCCUAUCAGCAGCCUGCGGGAGAUCACCCUGCUUCUGAAGCUUCGGCACCCCAAUAUCGUGGAGUUGAAGGAGGUUGUCGUGGGGAACCAUCUGGAGAGUAUUUUCCUGGUGAUGGGUUAUUGCGAACAGGAUCUUGCCAGCCUUCUUGAGAACAUGCAGACGCCCUUUUCUGAGGCUCAGGUGAAGUGUAUCAUCCUACAAGUACUCAAGGGCCUUCAGUAUCUUCAUGAGAACUUCAUCACCCAUAGGGAUCUGAAGGUGUCUAAUCUGCUCAUGACUGAUAAAGGCUGCGUGAAGAUAGCGGAUUUUGGGCUGGCUCGUGCUCACGGAGUGCCACUAAAACCAAUGACCCCUAAAGUCGUCACCCUCUGGUACCGGGCCCCAGAGCUGCUGCUGGGAACGACGACCCAGACCACGGGCAUAGAUAUAUGGGCAGUGGGAUGUAUCCUCGCGGAAUUGCUGGCCCACAAGCCAUUACUCCCAGGCAGUUCGGAGAUCCACCAGAUUGACCUGAUAGUCCAGCUGCUGGGGACACCCAAUGAAAACAUCUGGCCAGGCUUUUCCAAGCUGCCCCUAGUGAGCCAGUACACCCUGCGGAAGCAGCCCUACAACAACCUCAAGCACAAGUUCCCAUGGCUGUCGGAGGCUGGGCUUCGCCUGCUCAACUUCCUCUUCAUGUAUGACCCCAAGAAGAGGGCGACAGCGGGAGACUGCCUGGAGAGCUCCUACUUCAAAGAAAAGCCCUUGCCCUGUGAACCAGAGCUCAUGCCCACCUUCCCCCACCACCGCAACAAGCGAGCUGCUCCUGCCAGCACUGGGGCGGAGAGCCAGGGCAAGCACAGCAAGCCCUGAGGCUGCACGUUCUGCCAGGUUUGGACAAAAAUGCGGAUAAAGGGAACAUCCAAAACAAAGGCUGGGAAGGCGCUGGGAGCUGAAGGAGGAUUUGUAACCAGCUGCUAUAGGACCCAAGGCAGAUGCAGUACAGGCUCCUCUUGACCUGUCAAUAUUUUCAGGGUGCCUCCUGCUGGGUGGUCCGGUGCUGCCUAGGAGGACGGUACCCCGAACUUCCACUCAAAUGCAGCUGCUGGAGACACGCUCGAGGGCUGUGGAUUGUUCUAUCAUCUUUGCACCGAGAGAGCAGUCAGGGCAAACUUUGUAUCUAUCCUCCGCCACUCUCCACCCAGUGCCAGUUGCAUCCUUCAUGGUGGCUGGCCCAUCACCAGCCCCUGGCAGAAGCUCCAAGGAAGGCCAGUGUGUGAACACAUUCCUAUGGGCUGAAAGGAACCUUGAGCUAGGUAGGCAGCCAGGGCAAGAGGUUCUGGCCGACCCUGAAUGGCUGCUGGGUUUGUUACAAGCUGGAAGCUGCACUUAGAAAAGACCCUUGGUUCUUUUUCCCCAUUGUGAUCCUGCCCUCAAUAAAAUGUUGUGUGAGUGUCAGCUGUAAUGGA